AUGGCAGACCUCUUUGUCGAUAUUGCGACCCCAAAUAAUCACGUUUACCGCCAGCCAACUGGUCUAUUCAUCGCCGGCGAAUUCGUGGCCGCGUCGAGCGGGCAAACUAUCACUUCAAUUGACCCUGCCACCGAUAAACCCAUCACCACAGUCCACGCAGCCAGCGCCGAGGAUGUAGAUCGAGCCGUGAAGGCCGCCCGGGCUGCGCUGGUGCAUCCGUCCUGGAAACAGCUUCCCGCUACCGACCGGGGAAUACUGAUGGCCAAGCUGGCCGAUCUGAUGGAACAAAAGCGGGAGUUGCUAGCGUCUAUCGAUGCAUGGGACAAUGGGAAACCAUACCACGUAGCCCUGGAAGAGGACCUCACUGAGGCUAUUACAACCAUCCGUUACUAUAGUGGCUGGGCUGAUAAGAUUGCGGGUCAGACCAUAAGCACGACAUCCAACAAGUUCGCGUAUACGAUUCGUCAGCCGAUUGGUGUCGUGGGACAGAUCAUCCCGUGGAACUAUCCCUUGUCCAUGGCUACCUGGAAACUAGGCCCUGCAUUGGCUUGUGGGAACACUGUUGUUCUGAAGCCUGCUGAGCAGACGCCUCUCAGCGCGCUUAUGCUUGCGGAGCUGAUUAAGGAGGCUGGAUUCCCUCCUGGGGUCGUGAAUAUUGUCAAUGGUUACGGGCGCGAAGCUGGUGCUGCCCUAGCAUCUCAUCAUCUGGUCGAUAAGAUUGCUUUCACCGGCUCAACACAAACAGCAAGAGAGAUCAUGAAGAUGGCCGCGGGCACGUUGAAAGAUAUCACACUCGAAACUGGUGGCAAGUCACCGCUGCUAGUAUUCCCAGACGCUGACAUGGAGCAAGCCGUCAAAUGGUCGCAUUUCGGCAUUAUGUCGAACCAAGGCCAGAUCUGCACGGCUACUUCGCGCAUCUACGUCCAUCAAGACGUCUUCCCUUGCUUCCUGGAGAAGUUCAAACAGGCGGUCGUGACCACGUCCAAGAUCGGUGAUCAGUGGGAUGAAUCUACGUUUCAGGGUCCACAGGUGACACGAACUCAGUAUGAGCGUAUCCUGUCACAUAUUGAGAUGGCCAAGAAGGAGGGUGCCAAGGUGGUCAUCGGCGGAGGUGCUUAUGUCGCCAACGGAGACAGAAACAAAAAUGGAUAUUUUAUCCAGCCUACUGUUUUUACAGGUACUACAGACUCCAUGGCAAUCGUUCGUGAGGAGGUCUUUGGCCCCGUUGUUAUUGUCGAACCAUUCGCAACGGAAGAAGAAGCCAUCCGCCGAGCCAACGAUACCAUCUAUGGCCUUGGCGCAGCCGUGUUCACAAAAGAUCUGGAACGGGCGCAUAGGGUUGCCGCAGAGAUUGAUUCGGGGAUGGUCUGGAUCAACAGUAGUCAAGACUGUGAUCCUCGUGUGCCGUUUGGGGGUGUCAAACAGAGCGGCAUUGGGCGGGAGCUUGGUGAAGCUGGUCUAGCAGCCUAUAGUCGGAUCAAGGCCGUACAUGUCAACAUGGGAAAUAGGCUGUGA